CCCCGCGCCCGCGCACGCGCUCUCCGGCCUGUCCGCUCCCGCGGUAGCUACCGACGGGUAGGGAAGUCGGCCUGGGCGGUUUGCUCCGCUCUGUGAAGGAGAGAUGCGGAGGCGUUGGGCUCGGGUUGAGGUAGGAAGGAGCCCAUCCCUCGACGCCUUCCGCGACGCUAAAUAGCCGUGAUGCGAGCGUGGGUCCUCUUCUCCGCGGUGCUCUGCUGCCUCGCAUUGGAUGGCAGCGUUCCUCCUUAUUCCAUAAGAAAGACUUCGUGUAUGGCCUGCGAGGACACCCAGUGAAAAUAUAUGUGAAAUUACAUCAAGAUACCCCAGUCCUUAUCUGUAUGGAUGUUAAACAUGCUAAGAAAGAAAUAGUGGACCCCACCUACAUUUGGAUUGGGCCUAAUGAAAAUACAUUAACAGAAAAUCAACGAAUAAAUAUAACUAAAACAGGAGAGCUGAUAGUGAAAGAUUUUGUGGAGCCUUUGUCUGGACUUUACACAUGUACUUUUUCUUACAAAACUGUCAAAGCAGAAACCCAAGAAGAAACAUCAGUGAAAAAGAGAUAUGACUUUAUGAUCUUUGCCUAUCGGGAACCUGAUUAUUCUUAUCAGAUGGCUGUUCGUUUUACCACAAAGUCUUGUCUAGGAAGAUAUAAUGACCUUCUCUUUAGAGUGCUGAAGAAAAUCUUGGAUAAUCUAAUGUCUGAUUUGUCAUGCCAUGUCAUAGAACCAUCAUAUAAAUGCCAUUCUGUUGAAAUUCCAGAACGUGGCCUCAUACAUGAGCUAUUUAUAGCCUUUCAAGUUAAUCCUUUUGCUCCAGGGUGGAGAGGUACAUGCAAUCAAUCUGUUGACUGUGAAGAUAUCACUAAUAAUAAUGUCCUCCAGGCAAGAAAUCGAAUAGAAGAAUUUUUUCGGAGUCAAGCAGAUAUUUUCUCCCACAACUUUAAUAAAACUCUACCAGCUAUGCAUUUUGUGAACCACAGUUUUCAAGUAGAACGUCUGGAUAGCUGUAGACCAGGCUUUGGAAAAAAUGAAGGUCUACACAGUAAUUGCGCUAGCUGUUGUGUGGUUUGUAGUCCUGGGACUUUUAGUCCUGAUGUUGCUGUUAUUUGUCAGACCUGCAUUUCCAUCCAUGUCUACGGAGCUAAAUCUUGCCCAUAAACUUCAAACAAAAAUCAGCAAUAUAAAGACUAGAGGUAAAGCAUUGUUACUCGCUUGUGGAGGUGGGGGACAUAAAAUGAUUUGUUCACAUCCCAGAGCAUUAUAGAUACUUCCAUUAAGUAAAAUCUGUAAGACCAAAACACUGGAAAACAUAGAUUUUAGAAAUUGAAAAAGUUGACAUAGCAUUUCUAAGAAGGAAUUUAACCCAAUAUCUCCAAUGUACAAAGAAAGUUUUAAGUAUUAGUGGAUGAUUUUUAAUGAAAUAUGUUUUGUUGUUUACAAACUGAAUCUGUUGCUCUGUACCUAAGACUAUACAUUAAGGUCUAGAAGAAUAGCAAAGUAUAAUACAAUAAAAAUUUUAUACUUUCC